AUGGAUUGGGCCUGUUUGGAACAACUCUGGGGGUUGACGAAACGCGAGGGGCUUGAAGGACUCUUUACGCAGAAGAUCUUGUGCGAAAUUUCCGAGGCGAAGCCUGGCUCCUGCUCUCUCCUCGUGCCGAUCAUCGAUGAGUUGGAGGCACAUGCUUUGACACCUACGGCAAGUACAGAUGAUCUCGAGGACAUUAUGGUCGAAACCGUCAAAAAUCUCUGCCACUGUGUCAUGUCGUCCCAGUGCCGCAUCACGACAUGCCAGCAGUUUUUGAGUCCUAACCUUUCAGGCCUCGUGUUUCGCCAUCUGACCGGGCAGGAGCUCAUCAUCGCCGUGUGCACCGGACGCCUCGAGGUGGUACGCGCGUUGCUCAGCCGCGGUUGCAAUGUGAACAGUUACAAUGAGGCUGUGGGGACACCACUUUUCGCGGCUUUCGAGCUUGGUCGAUUGGACAUUGCUCGGUUGCUCCUUGACAGAGGAGCCAACGCAAACAUUGUUGCAUUUGCGAGCAACCCACUGGCCGCGGCUGCUAUGUGGAGAGACGAGCAGACCGUAAAGUUUCUUUUGACGUAUCCAACAGUUGAUGUCAACGUGAGAUGCAACGACGGCACUCCAUUGUUCUGGGCCUGCCAGUCGGGAAAUCUCAGUCUUGUGGAAAUCCUUUUGCGUCACCUUCAGAUCGAUUGGCGUAUUGGGAACGAGGACAACGUGACACCCCUCGGUGCAGCUGCUGGAGGAGAACAUCUGCCGGUGGUCCAAUUGUUUUUCACUAUAUUGCAGGAGCAAGUAAUCUAUGGUGAUUUGGUUGAUCCCUUGUGGAAAGCACUGGUGAAGGACGAUGUCGAGAUUGUGCAGCUUAUCCUUGAUGCACUUGGACAGCGGAAACGCAGUUUCAUCUCCGAAAGGCUUCGAAAUACGGGUCUCUCUAUGCUUUGGUGGGCGACAAGUUGCCGAUGCUCAAAGGUUGUACGCCUGCUCCUGCAGCGCGAGGAUGUGGAUCCGAAUGGUGGACCUGUACCAUGCGAUCGCGAAGCCGGCACUCCUUUAUCAGAAGCUGUCAAAGUUGGAGAAGUAGAUUUUGUGCAGCUUCUCUUGCAGCGAGCAGACUUGGACCCUAACAUUUUGGUUCCUAAUAUCCAAAGCUCCGAUCAUGUGACUACUCUCUACACUGCUGUCUCAUACUGUGAGAUGCUGAUGGUUGAUACUCUCUUGGGAGACAGCCGUGUCGAUGCCAACGCUUCGGAUUCCAAAGGUCAGUCCCCACUCUCCUUGGCGGUCCAAUCUGGUGAGGUGGAUAUUGUCGCAAGGUUUCUCAGUCGGCCCGACGUGAAAGUGAAUGACCUAGACAUGUACAAGCGAUCUGCUGUCUCAUACGCCGCGGAGGAGGGAUGUCUGGGGGUGGUCGAGCUUUUACUCCACCGGCCCGACGCCGAUGUCAGUGUGGUCGAUACCUAUGGAUACACGCCUAUUUUCUGGGCCUCGAUCAAGGGCGAACAUCAGAUCGUUCGUUGUUUACGUGAAAAUGAUGCGUCGCUGGUGUCUUCCCGCACUCCCCAAGGGGAUACCUGUCUCAUGUGCGCGGCGAAACAAGGUUGGUUGCUGGUGGUCAUGGUGUUGAUCGAAUUUGAGGCAGACCCGGCUGUCAGGGAUUCUUGUGGGCGGACUGCAUUGGCGUGGGCUGUCAGAAAUAAACACGAUGCGAUCCAGAGUGUGCUACAUGCCUACAUUUUGCGGCGCGAGUUGCCGAUGAGAGGUGACUGA